AUGCCCGCUUUUGUUAAAAUCGACAUUGACGGGGCUCCUGCCACCCUCGGGGAUACCGUGCCUCUCGUUAUUGGAGGAAACGACGUCUUUUCCGACGACACCUUCGAUGUCAUCAACCCCAGCACGGGGGAGGUUGUACACAAGAGCUCCAACGCCCAUGUGUCCCACGGACACGCGGCUGCUGAAGCUGGCGCAAGAGCGUUUGAGUCUUGGAGCCGGACGACACCCGCACAUCGUCGAAACAUUCUCCUCGCGGCCGCCACUAUUGUCGAGAAGCGGUGGUCAGAAUUGAAGGAAUACAUGAUUCAGGAGAACGGCAGUGACGAAGGAUGGGCAGAGUUCAACAUAUCCCACGCCAAGGAGUGCCUCCUUGACUGUGCGGGUAGGAUUACUACAAUCGAGGGGAGGAUACCCAGUCCCAGUGACCCAACCACAGCUGCCCUCGUUGUGAAGGAGCCGUACGGCGUCGUUCUGGCCAUGGCACCCUGGAACGCCCCAUAUGCCUUGGGCUUUAGAGCUGUAGUAUGGGCGAUUGCUGCCGGCAACACUGUGGUCUUGAAGGGUUCGGAACUGAGCCCUCGCUCGCUCUGGGUUGUUGCCUCGGUGCUCCAAGAAGCAGGACUCCCAGACGGAGUUAUUAACUUCAUCACUUGCAGCCCUCAGAAUGCCCCAGAAGUUACCCAGACCCUGAUCAGCAACCCCAUCAUCAAGAAGAUCAACUUUACUGGCAGCACUACCGUGGGCCGUAUUAUCGCCGGGUGGGCUGGUGCAAGCCUAAAGCCCCUUCUUCUCGAGCUGGGUGGCAAGGCACCGGCCAUCAUCUGCGAAGAUGCCGACCUUGAUGUCGCGGCUAAGCAGUGUGUGAUGGGAGCAUUCAUGUACGCGGGACAGAUCUGUAUGAGCACUGAACGUAUUCUGGCCCACAAGUCCAUCCGCACAAAGCUGGAGCAGAAACUGAGGGAAUGGACGGACAAGCUUUUCGGUCCGCAGAACGAAAGCCCCGUUUUGAUCACAGAACAAGCCGUGGCCAAGUCCCAAGGCCUGGUCCGGGACGCCUUGGCCAAGGGCGCAUCAUUGGUGUGUGGCAACGUGGACGCGACAGAAUCGACCAAAACACGGUUACGGCCCAGAAUCCUUAGCAACGUCAAGCCCGGCAUGGAAAUCUACAAGACCGAGUCCUUCGGCCCGGUAGUCUCCGUCAUCGAGUUUGAGACCGACGAUGACGCUGUCGCCAUUGCAAACGACACCGAGUAUGGCCUCACCGCAGCCAUCUUUUCUCGUGAUCUACGAAGAGCUUUGGGGCUUGCCAAAAAGAUCGAGACAGGGGCGGUACAUAUUAACCGCAUGACUGUUCACGACGAGUCAGCCCUGCCGCAUGGCGGUGCUAAAUCUAGUGGCUUCGGGAGAUUCAAUGCUGGGAUGGAGGAAUGGGUUCGAACAAAGAACAUUACAUAUGAUUUAUGA